AUGUUCUUUUUCCAUUCUAUUAUCCUCGGGCUUCUAGCAGUUACAUACAACUUGCAGAGCGGCGUAGCAGCCCGCGCUCUAAUUGUAACGACGAGGUCCACCGACAUUACCUGCGGAGGCCAAUUCCCAAAAGCAGGCGACGGCUUUGCCCAGCGCCCAGACGGCUGUUCAAGCUGGAGCGACAACCCGAGCCAGGUGCGCGACAAGUGGGGAAGUGCAAAUUUCGAAGGGGUCUGCGACGAUCAUGACCGCUGCUACUACACGAUCGGUGCCAACGUCGACGGAUGCAACAGCAACUUCUGCGGUGGCCUCAGAAAGGCAUGUCAUAAAGCCUAUUGCAAGAAGCUCCUCGGUGUAACGUUGUGCGAGCCCGUGACCUACGGGACUUGUACGGCGAUUGCAGAAACGUAUUGCGCUGCAGUCAAAUCAGUGGCGGCUGGGGUAUAUGCAAAAGCGCAAGACUCUCAAAAAAGAUACGACACUUGUAUCGCGGAGAACGGUGGAAUCACCCUGCCGCCGCCUCCAGUGUCGUGCAGUAAUGGACAGCCCGAAGGCGCGACGUGGGAGAAAAGCCUACACGGCAUGAAAUGCAGUACCACUAGAUAUGUUUGCCGCAACGGCAAAAUCACCGUGACCAGCUCCCCGUCCUUUAACUGCAUCGAGCCGUGA